UAGCUUGGGCCACUGACCCCUAAACCCCAGGCUCAUUGUAAUGUGAAUCCACCAUUGAAUGAUACUGAAGAGCAGUGUAAGAGUAAAUGUGGUAGAUGGGAGGCAAGUUCUUGCUGCAGUCGCAUACACUUGCACCGAAACCCUGCAAACAGCUUGGGAAGGAUGGAUGACCCCAAUGAGCUGGAGGUCUGUACUGAGUGUGGAGAAAGGAAAUAUGGUGACAUCAUUUUUCAUAAACUCUACUGCUAUGACCUCUACAUCCCUUCAGCAACUCCACCACAAAAUAAGAAGCAAAUUGACGUAGACAAUUUCAUUGACGAAAAGAUUGUGACAGUUCUGGAGAAGAAUGGCUUUCUCUGCUACCAUGGUUACAGGAAUUUCACUGGAGGAGAAAUGAUCAUACAGGCCAUAAGCAAACCCAUGAAGAUUAUCCCAGUAACUCUUAUACCAAUCUACAAAGACCAUGAUUUCUUAAAACUUCAAGAUAUGCUUAUAACACCAGCAAUGUUGAAGAGAAUUGUGCUGCUUUUGUUUGAUGCUACUCAGACUGAACCUGUUCUCUUGCAAUGUUGCUUCUCAAUAGACAUAAAUGACCCCCAGCUUUUACCCAAAAUAAUAAAAACCAUUGAACAUCAUAGGACACAAAUCCCAGUGAGCAGAAGAAAAGAGAUAGCUCUGGGGGAAGGUGACACAGAGUCUACUUCAUCCUCGUCCCUUAUUACGGGCAGAGAAUAUCUUUUCACUCCCAUGGGUCCUAUUUCAAGCCCAGCUGAUAUUAGCCUCCUCUUCCCUUCAGAAAUCAAAGACAUCUUGAAAGAUGUGUCCUGCUUGCCAUUUCGUGAUCAAGUGGGUUGUUUGCUAAACUACUGUGAAGAUGGCAGAGAAGCGGUCAGAGCACAUGCCUGCCGGGCACUGAUCAGGACCAUGAGGAAAAACAUUUUGACUUUCUCUGGGAUGGCAGACUUGGAAGACUUUGAGCAGACAAUAGGAAUGCUUCUCCAAAACAACACACUUGGCUCUCACCUGGAGCCUUGCCUUCAGCUGGAGAAGCUCUACUGUUGGACCCUGGCUGUGAUUUUCAUUAACAUCUCCAUGGUGUACAAUGUGAGGCUGAGGGCUAAGCUGCGGGCUCUGACUUUUACAAAACAAAACAUCCCCUCAGAGGAGAUAAAUUAUGAGUAUCUCUGCUUUAAUGCCUACCAGAAAAUCAACACUGCCAUCUGCACUGCAGCUAAGAAACCCAAAGCCUGGCCAAAUUUCAUGGCAAUGUAUGUGAAGCACCUGAAACAUUUCCUGCAAAUACUGGAGCGGAGAGUGUCUUUCACAAAUGAGAGAGUUCUGCAGUUCCACUCCAUCCAGAAACAGCUGCAGAGGAUCCCCUGGGUGGUAAGACACAUCUUCAUCCUGGUUAUCACUGAGAAGGUUUUUGAAGAAAAGCUUCUUGUGAUUGGCUAUUUGUUCCUCUUUAAUGUCUGCACAAAGAUGGGGAAAAAGCACUGGGAGAUUUCACUGGAAAUAGUUGAACGUGUUACUGAACAUAUCCAAGAGAACCAUACUCCAGUGUGUACUUAA